AUGGACGCGAUCAAACCACUUCCGAAGAUCUCGAGCUUCUCCGUUUCGGUCUCUAACUUCCUCGACGAAAGCUUCAGAGAAGCCACGGAUCUCUCCCAGUCUCCGGCUCUGGUUUCCGACUUACGGACUGAGAUUUCCGAAUUGGAUCAGAGAUUGGCCGCGCUCAAUCGCCAGCUCGAGUCCGGUCUCGCUGCUCACGCUUCGUUUUCGGAUCGCGUCGGUGGUCUAAUUGUCGGGGUUAAUGCCAAGUUGGCUGAUCUCUCUUCUUCUACAUGUGUUGUGCGCUCCGCGUCAGUUGGCGGGCAGGAGCAUGUAGCUGGGGAGGAGCUUCCAUCACUGGCGAAGGAAGUAGCACAAGUUGAGUCUGUUCGGGCUUAUGCUGAGACUGCACUGAAACUUGACACUCUUGUGGGUGAGAUCGAGGAUGCUGUCAUGUCUUCUUUGAAUAAAAACUUGAUAACAUCUCGGUCAAGCAGUUUUCAAGAAGUGCGUCUAUAUGCUAUCAAAACACUUAAAAAGACAGAAGAAAUACUGAAUGUUGUGGCAAGGAGACAUCCUCGGUGGGCACGUCUUGUGUCUGUUGUUGAUCACAGAGUAGAUAGAGCUUUAGCCAUGCUGAGACCUCAUGCAAUUGCUGAUUACAGAACGUUGCUUUCUUCUCUUGGAUGGCCACCUCAGCUUUCUACUCUAACUUCACCGAAUCUUGAUUCAAAAUCGGAAGAUGUCCAAAAUCCGCUUUUCAACAUGGAAGGGAACCUCAAAAGUCAAUACUGUGGAAAUUUCCAUGCCAUGUGCAGCCUGCAGGGAUUGCAGUUGCAAAGAAAGGCGCGGCAACUUGGAAGCCAUAAAGGAGAAAAUGUUCUUUUCCACCAGCCACUCUGGGCUAUUGAAGAGCUGGUCAACCCUCUGACAGUUGCAUCUCAACGGCAUUUUACAAAGUGGAGCGAAAAGCCCGAAUUCAUUUUUGCCCUUGUGUAUAAAAUCACCAGGGACUACGUGGAUUCUAUGGAUGAGUUGUUGCAACCGCUUGUUGAUGAAGCAAAACUAGCUGGGUACAGUUGCCGAGAAGAGUGGGUUUCGGCUAUGGUAAGCUCACUGUCUUUGUACUUGGUGAAAGAGAUAUUCCCUAUAUAUGUUGGUCAGCUAAAUGAAGCAAACGCAGCUGAUCUUUGUUCUGAGGCUAAGAAUUCGUGGCUCCAUCUCGUUGACCUGAUGAUCUCUUUUGAUAAGCGAGUUCAGUCUCUGGUAUCUCAAUCAGGAAUACUUUCGCUUCAAGAAGACUGGAACCUUCUGAGAAUAUCCUCUCUCUCAGUUUUCUGUGACAGACCUGACUGGCUCGAUUUAUGGGCAGAGAUAGAGUUAGAUGAGAGGCUCGUCAAACUCAAGGUGGAAAUGGAUUACGACAGAAACUGGACAGUGAAGGUGCAAGACGAACUUAUCUCCACUUCCAGCGUUUACAGACCACCAAUUGUUUCGAGCAUUUUUCUGCAGCACCUGUCAUCGAUAAUCGAGCGGUCCAAAUCAGUGCCGGCCAUUUAUUUGAGGGCAAGGUUCCUGAGACUGGCAGCCUCCCCAACAAUUCAGAAAUUCUUGGAUGGCCUCCUUUUCAGGUGCCAAGAAGCCGAAGGACUAACUGCUUUAACCGAAAACAACGAUCUUAUCAAGGUCUCAAACUCUAUCAAUGCUGGUCACUACAUUGAAUCUGUCUUAGAAGAAUGGUGUGAGGAUGUCUUUUUUCUUGAAAUGGGAACUGGAGAGCACAAUCCACAAGAAGCUCCAGGAGUAGAGAACGUUACAGAACCUUCUGAUUCUGAAGGUAUUUUCGGAGAUGAAUUUGAGAAGCUGGAGAAGUUCCGGCUCGAGUGGAUAAACAAGUUGUCUGUGGUGGUCUUGAGAGGCUUUGAUGCUCGAACUCGAGACUACAUGAAAAACAGAAAGCAAUGGCAGGAGAAGAGAGACAAAGAAUGGACGGUGUCGAGAGCACUAGUUGGGGCUCUAGACUACUUGCAAGGAAAAACGUCUAUAAUAGAAGAAAAUCUAAACAAAGCAGACUUUACGGCAAUGUGGAGGAGUCUAGCCUCAGAGAUAGAUAGGUUGUUCUUCAACAGCAUUUUGAUGGCGAAUGUAAAGUUUUCUAGUGAUGGAGUCGAAAGGUUUAAAGAGGACAUGGAGGUUCUAUAUGGGGUUUUCAGGGCAUGGUGUGUUAGACCCGAAGGUUUCUUCCCUAAACUAAGUGAGAGUCUUACAGUGCUGAAGAUGACAGAGAAGCAAGAGAAGGAUGGUCUGAGCAGAGGUGGCAAAUGGUUACAUGAGAACGGAGUUCGGUAUCUGAGUGAAGCCGAAGCCAAGAAGGUGGCAAAGAGUAGAGUGUUCUCUUAG